UAUGUCAUUUCACGCCUCGACGCUGCUCUCGUGAUCGACCUUGCUUCUGCGACCGCACGAGCCAUAUGGAAGUGUCGCUCAAACGGCGUUGACUAACUGCGCGCGGCGAGGCAUCGUGAACGCGUCCAAUCCUGCUGUACGGAAAGAAGAAACGGCGUUCCUGCUGCGUCUCUUAUCAACGGCCACAGUGGUGCGUGCUGUUCGCGGUGUCGCUGUAUCCUCCUAUUUUUCACGUGACGGUGCGUGGGGCACCCAUAGUGAUGGGGCAUGGGGGGAUGCCUCAGUCUUGACGAUGAGGAAAGGAAGGCACGCCUGCGCAGUGCCCAGAUCGACCGGCAGAUCGCCGAGCUCGCACGCCAGGAGUGCAAUGUCAUCAAGAUCCUGCUGCUCGGUGCGGGCGAGAGUGGCAAGAGCACCAUCGUGAAACAGAUGAAGAUCAUCCACAGCGAAGGCUUCUCCGAUGAAGAGCUGCGUAGCUUCAGGCCGACCGUGCUGGACAACCUGCUUGGUUCAAUGAAGUAUGUCCUGACAGGCAUGGGCAUUCUGCGCAUCAACCUUGAGAACCCCAAGAACAAGAUGUAUGCGCAGACGGUGCUGAGCUGUCAGUGCUGCUUUGACGAGAGCAUCACCAUGCUGCCCUUCGUGGCGUCCGCCCUGAAGAACCUCUGGAACGACAAGGGUGUCCGGUUGGCCGUCGCACGGGGCUUCGAGUACGAGCUCAACGACUCCGCGCUGUACCUGUUUGAGAACAUGGACCGCCUCUGCUCGGAGAAGUACAUGCCGACGCCACGGGACGUACUCAGGGCCCGAGUGCGCACCAACGGCAUCAUCGAGACCCACUUCAAGAUCGACGACAUUGUCUUCAGGAUGUUUGACGUGGGUGGUCAGCGGUCGGAACGGCGCAAGUGGAUCCAGUGCUUUGACGACGUCAAGGCCGUUCUGUACGUCGUGGCCCUGAGUGGCUACGACAUGACCCUCCAGGAGGACCCCACCGUGAACCGGCUGCACGAAAGCCUGAAGCUGUUCUCGUCCAUCUGCAAUAACAUGUUCUUCACCGACACGUCCAUGAUUUUGUUCCUGAACAAGUUGGACCUGUUCCGGGAAAAGAUCCUCUAUUCGGACCGGCAUCUGCGCUACUACCUGCCGGACUAUAAAGGUGCCGACUAUGACGUGGACAGCGGCGCACUUUUCAUCCAGCACAAGUUCCAGAGCCGCAACCGGGACCCGAACAAGGUCGUGUACCCUCACUUCACCACGGCCACCGACACAAGCAAUGUGCAGGUGGUGUUCCAGGUUGCCAUGGACACUGUCCUGAGGGGAAACCUGCGCACUGCCACGCUUCUUUAGGACUGUUCUGACAGUUGGAUGUCCAGGUCUGAAGUAAUCGUCUCGUGUGGUUGUGAUGCAGCAUUUUUUUUAAUGCUGGGAUUGGUUUUACGCGUGCGUGUGUUGAUAAUGCUCAUUGUAGCAGGUUGUAGCAGUCGCCUGUGCUAACAGGGUCGAUGCAGCCCUGCUUUUUGCCUUUGUGUCGACGUGACGGUUUUAUAAGAGUGGAAAGAAGAAAGCGCUUACAAAGCCUUUUUGCUUUGUACUCGAACAAGGUAUUUGGUGUUGUGAAGACCAUUGACAUGUGUGCGUGUACGAGACAAUAGUGCUGGUAAUUUUUUUUUAUUGUGACCAAGUAUUUUAUGAUGAGCUGAAGCAGUGUUUUUCAUGCUUGGCUGCUCGGGACCAAUUUACAUGGAUGUACACGUGCCUCAAGUGCCAUUGUUUUUACAAGUGUCUACAUUAUUAUGUGCAGCUUGGAUCUUGUUUUUCUGCUUGUAAGGAGCUGGUGGAGCUUAAAAAUAUUGAUCUCUUUUAUAUGGAA